CUCAAGAUGGCUGCAGAGGAGCAAGGGGAGAAGAAGCGGAAGAUAUCACCAACGGCAACAGCUUAUUUGGUGCUCUAUAAUGUUGUCCUGUGUGCAGGAUGGACCUCCAUAGGUAUCGUCAUGGUGAAGCAUUAUCUGGAAACUAAAACUUAUCAUGGAAUGUAUGAAGCAUUUGAAAUGCCAUUGAAAGUAUUCCAGACUGCAGCUGUCUUAGAGAUUGUUCAUGCUAUUAUUGGUAUAGUUCCGUCGUCAGUGGUUUUAACAGCAUUUCAAGUCUUUUCUAGGGUCUUUUUAUUAUGGGGAAUCAUUUAUAGUGUACCCGAGGUGCAAGAUAACAUUGGUGUAACUAUGUCUGUAGCAGCAUGGACUCCGACCGAAAUGAUACGAUAUGCAUUUUAUACAUUUGGCCUAAUGAAUAGACUACCGUAUUUAAUUACGUGGUGUAGAUAUACUUUCUUUAUUGUUCUGUAUCCGCUAGGUGUUAUGGGUGAGAUGUCCACAUUCUAUGCAUCUCUGCCUUACAUCAAGGAAUCAGAUAUCUACACCAUCACAUUACCCAAUGAUUAUAAUAUAUCAUUUAAUUAUUCCUAUUUUGUUAUAUUCAUUAUGGUAAUGUAUAUACCAGUGUUUCCCAGAUUGUAUUCUCAUAUGAUACGACAGAGGAAGAAAAUAAUUGGUGGCCAAGUGGUCAGUAAACGAGAUUAACAAGGCAUUCCAAUGGGAAUUAUAACAAAAUCUAUGCAAUAUUCAAAUUAGUCUGAACAAGAUCCAGUCCUCUGCAGCCUACCAACAUCACAGAAGAUGGUCAUUCUUUCCUACAAUGCACUGCAACCCACCAACAUCACAGAAGAUGGUAUUCUUUCCCAUAAUGCACUGCAACCCACCAACAUCACAGAUGAUCAUUUCUCCCCGUAAUGCAUUGGUAUCUAAUGAUGCAUAUGCCAACAGUUUACUUCCAGUGCACUCUUGUGACAUACAGAGUAAAAAUUUCUUUUCAAGAUGUCCAGUGACAUCAAACAAGUAGACAUUGUCCCACAAUGUAUUGCAUGACAUUACUUCCAAUACAAUCCAAUGCAAUGUUUACACAAAUUACCACAUGUAUCGGCUAAUUAGCUAUCAAUACUUGUAUCUGUUAAUUGGCUAUUAACUCAUGUGUCGGCUAAUUAGCUAUAAGACGUUUAACAGUUUAUUGGCUAUUAAGAUAUUUCGUAGCUAAUGAGCUAUUGACACUUAUAGUAGCUAAUUAGAUGUUAGCAGAUAUAUCCACUUACUGACUAUUACACAUAUAGUAACAAUCCAUACACGUAUGGUAACAAUCCAUGCAAUACUUAUAAAAUUAAUAUAGUUGUACAAAUUUAAGGAAAAUGUCACAUGGUCAGUAUUUAUGAUAAUAUGCAGAUGGGAAAUAUUUUUCAUUUUGGCAAAAUCAAUCUUUCUUGUGUCUGUUCAGUAAAAUCGGUAUAACUGGUGGUACACUUCGAUAAAGUUGUGAUAUGUGUUACACUUUGUCACAACGAAGGUGAUUACGCUCUGUAUUGAAAUAUAUCAUGGUGCCUUUUAUAAAUUGGUUAAUCUGACCCUGUAGUCUCCACAGAACUGAGAUUAUCACAUCAGUAUUUUGGCCUUGUGUGCGAUAUUCUUGGUAGUUGGAGGUCAAAGUUCCUCUCAAGUUUGGAUUUCUAUCCAAGAUCUAUGGAUUUAUCUGCAAUGAGUGGAUCUUGUGACAGACUAAUUAUGUCUUUAUUUGGUGAUCAAGACAAAAAUAACGGCUUUACAAUAAACUGAAAUAAAUCUUUUUUUUUUCAAACUUUUUGUGUGAUGGGGUAACUUUUAAAACAGUCAUUUGUAAGAUAGAGGGCCAAGAUUUACAUGAAAACUGGGAACUUUUCUCUUAAUAUGUAAAUUGUGCACCUGAUUAAUUUGCUUUUUUGGGAUAACACUCGUCAAUUUCCCAAGGUUGUAACAGUCAGCCCAAACAUGACCUGGUUUGUAGAGUCUCCUGGCACACAUGACCUGGUUGUAGAGCCUCCUGGCACACAUGACCUGGUUGUAGAGUCUCCUAGCACACAUGACCUGGUUGUAGAGUCUCCUGGCACACACAUGGGCUGGCUGUAGAGCCUCCUGGCACACAACCUGGUUGUUGAUUAUGUUUACAAAUUUAAAAAAUAAUAAUCUAAAAUAAUGAUAUAGCUAUAAUAUACUAAUAGGGUUGGUCACAUAGAUCUCUUGAGGUUAUAACAAGAAAUGCUACUUACAUGACAUGUUCUUACUACAUGAUACUAAUGAAAUUUAAAAGGUGUAUAUACAUGUAUAGGGGUGGUUGGGUUUAUACAGCAAGCAAUAAUCACUGUAAAGGAUCUUUGACUUAAAAUAUAU